AGCACUCGGACAGGGUGUGGAACGCAGCAGCCAAAGGGUUAAUGGGCCACAUACGAACAGACGCCAACGUGCAGCAAGGCCAUCCGGGCGCCGGCGUCUUUCUACACGAUUUUGCCCAAGGCCUUAGAAUUUAAUUUAAGCAUAUGUCACUGACGGGAUGGCAGCUCCUAGGUUUGCUACAGAAAAUCACACUCAUUAUCUUACUGGAAGGUUCCGUCGGCACUUCUCUUACCACACCCCAGAACGCGGGUUUCAUCGCCUAUCGGCCUAUCAGCUGCAAGUCAUUCUUGGCACUCAGGAGGAAAGGUGUUGACGAGAAACAAAACGAUGACUGUCACAGUCAUCUGAAGAUGGCAGCAAAGCCGGAACGGUGUUCCAAAGAAAAUGGGUAUUCGUGGGGCACUGAAAUAAAGUCAGUCACCGAAGUGGUUUUCCAGAAGCCAGUGGCCCAGAGGGCUAUUUAAGGAGGAGCCAGGCUGACACAUAGCAGGAGGAAUAGCAGAGCCAAAGAAAGAGAAAGGCAGAAAACAUGUAGCAGGGGGCCAAGGGGAAACAGAUGCAACAUAUAGAACAAUAGCCUGGAGUCUGGCUCCCUGCCCAUUCCGUUUCACCGCACAAAUCAGACCCUUCUGUGUACAGGCAGACAGAUGACAAUACCGGUUCUUUUAAUUAGCACGUGGGAUACCUUAAAACAGCGAGACCUUGGCAUGCCAGCUCCUUGUUGGAGGACGUGUCCAGAAGAGCCCUCUUGCUCUUCGCCCCUGUCCUUCUGUUCUUCCCACAUUGGCCGUCCUCAGCAUGAGUUAUUUGGCAGAAUUUCAGGAUGCCGCUAUAAAAACCCAGAAAGAUGCUGUCAUCCAUGCACAUCGGCCACUGCGACUGCGCUGCCUCCUCGGUGGGGUGCAUGGGGAAGACUCGGGGGGCGUCUUUUCAUUCUCGGCUCCUUCCCUAACCUUACUCUCUUGAACAGCAGAGAAAACGGAGCUGAAGGUAGCCACAGUGUGGCAGCUUUCUCUGGCUCCCGCUGUGGACUUAUAAGCCUCAGCGCCUCUCGGAACGGGCAGUGGUGAUUUUUGGAACUGCUGUAACCUGCCCUUUGGGUGGAGGUGGCAGUCUUUUUUCUGACAGCAAUCAUGGAGACAAAGAGAAACAAACCCAGGGAACGAGGGAGGAAACCCAGCCCACUUUUCAGGAACAUUGUCCUGAGUGAUCCGAAGAAGAGGAAUGCGCUGUCAUUAGCCAUGCUGAAAUCUCUGCAAAGUGACAUUCUUCACGAAGCGGAAAGCAAAGAUCUGAAAGUCAUCAUCAUUUCAGCUGAGGGGCCCGUAUUUUCUUCUGGGCAUGAUUUAAAGGAACUGACAGAUGAGCGAAGCCCAGAUUAUCAUGCCGAAGUAUUUCAGACCUGUUCUGAGGUCAUGAUGCUGAUCCAGAACCACCCAGUCCCCGUCAUCGCCAUGGUGAAUGGCUUGGCCACCGCGGCCGGCUGCCAGCUGGUCGCCAGCUGCGACAUCGCCGUGGCCAGCGACACGUCCUCUUUCGCCACUCCGGGGGUGAACCUCGGGCUCUUCUGCUCCACACCAGGGGUGGCCUUGGGGAGAGCGGUGCCGAGAAAGGUUGCCUUACAAAUGCUUUUCACCGGGGAGCCCAUAUCUGCCCAGGAGGCCUUGCGGCACGGGCUGCUCAGCAAAGUCGUGCCAGCGGAGCGACUGGAGGAGGAGACCAUGAGGAUCGCAGGCAAGAUUGCCUCCUUGAGCCGUCCCGUGGUGGCUCUGGGCAAGGCCACCUUCUACAGGCAGCUGCCCCAGGACCUUCGAACGGCCUACCACCUCACCUCCCAGACCAUGGUGGACAACGUGGCCCUGAAGGACGGGCAGGAGGGAAUCAAGGCCUUCAUCCAGAAGCGAAAACCCAUCUGGUCGCAUAUCAUGCCUGGUCACUGGGAGGAGAAAAGGUUCCACUUAGCAUCCAUCCGUCUUUGUGGCAGCGGAGAGCCCAGCGGAUCCCACCGAAACACUCGCCUGCGCCCACGGCUGCCCCGGGGCACGCAGAGAGUUUAGGCAAAUGGCCAGCCAUUAACGAAUGCCUCCUUCUCUGGCACCAUGCUUCUCCAUCCAUUCCUUUAAGGACAUAUUUCAGGACACUCCACCCUGAGACGCAAAGUACCCCAACCAAAAAGACUUCCCCCCUUCUUGUGACGCCUUCAUCCAUCUCAGUAUCCAGAUGAGGAUACCACGCGAUGGUCCCCAAGUCUCCCAGCCGAGUUCUCAGCCACAAACACAGAAGGUAGGGGGAAAUUAUUUUUCCUCCCCUAUUAAGACUAAUCAUGCAAGGAACCAGAGCGAGGACGGGGGCAGAGGAAAAAAGAGACACCAGACAGGAGAGUGUGGAGGGAUGCAGGCAGCCUGGGUGGGCUGGUCUGCUUUCCCUGCAGUGACCGCACUUUUUUCCAGGAUGUGAGAGGCCUGCCUCAGUCCUGCCGGUGUCCAGGGCAGCUGAGAGAGUCUCAGCUGGCUGCUCUGGGAGAUGGCAGGCUUGCCCUGAUGCACUGAGGUCUGAAGAAGGUAAAGGGCUGGGGCCGGGAGGCUGAGCUGACCUAUGAAAGGAAAUGCCCCAUAAUAUUCAAAAGAGUAGUGAAUAAAUUCAGCUGUUCUCCUCAAUUUCCCAAACCUCACAUCUUCUGGAGUCAGAGGGGAUGUGUAAACCUUUGACUUUUCACGGAAUUUUAGAUGAGCAGAGAGAACAGGAAGCUUACUAACUUCAGAGAAAAUAAUCCAAUGAUUGGAUUGGACUGCAAUAUGUUUAGAGCUACCAUCACAAAACAUAACACUGCACAGCACUGACAACAACAGGUACUUUUGCUUUUAUCCGAGAACUACUAUGCAGUCACCUAAUAAAAUAUUUUAGAGGAAAAGCAGUGCAGGGAAAUAAGAAGUAUGCGUGGGGGUCCUUGUUAAUGAGUUUGCAAGAGUGGACUUAAAUCCCUGGACCACCUCCUGUCUGUACAUUGGUAGCUCAGCUACAGUCGUUGGUGAUUGUCAAAAUCUCCUCCUGGAUCAUCCAUUUAGAUUCAGCAGGAAUGUGUCACACCAGACCCUACUGAUGCAGAAUCUCUGUGUUUGGAGGAGAGCAGGCAUUUCCAAUUUUAACAAGUUCUUCUGCUGAUUAAUAGGCAUUAUAUCAACACUAAGAAAAUAUAUAUAUAUAUAUAAUAUAUAUAUAUAUCCCCUUUCAUCUUGCUCUAUGUAUUUCUUCAAAAGUGACCAAGUAGAAAAUUUUCCUGUAGAGCACAAUCAAGUUCUCACAUUCAAUUACCCUCCUCCAGUUUUGUGUUUGUUUUCUCAAGUCCUAAAGUUGCUUUUUAAUAAGGGAGUAGUAAUCCUAGCCCAUCGAGCUCGCAUUUGUUUGUUGUUUAAAUGAUGCUUUGAUUUCACAGUCAGGCUGUGUUUAUAUGGCCCUUGGUGUCCUCCCAGAGAAUUUUAGUAACGAUAAGAAAACGUCUUUGCUUUUCUCCUUGCUUAUCUCUUCCACUGCUUGAGCACGAUGUCCUAGAUGUCCCCAACGUGAGGCAUCUGAGACUAAGAGCCACAGAGAGGUGCACGAGACCCUGGCUAGCCUUCAAGAGCAACAGAAGCAAGUCAAAAGGAAAUGCCAGGGAAAGAGGACCUUCCCCAAGGACACUUCCUGCAGAAGUUCAUUUCAGUAACAAUGAAAUACUAGUGUGCUUCUUUCUAGAUUUGUUGCAUUAAUGGCUAUGUAUACAAGAGGGAUGGCCACCAUCUCCCUGCUUAAGUUCCCGGAGGGGCAGGGAUUUAAAAUGAGGUCCUUGGAAGAAUUGAAAAUGCCAUGAAGAUGAACUCUAUUCCUCAGAGUUGUGUACAACACCCAAAAUAAAAUAUAUGUGUAAAGCCUCAC